AAAACAUUUUCUCGAGAAGUUCGGCUGACAAAUCAUCUUCGCACGCACUCUGUAGAGAGGCCUUUCGAGUGCACCAUGUGUCCCAAGAAAUUUGUUUCAUCUUGCAAACUGAAGAGGCAUGUCUUCACCCACACGGGGGAAAAACCUUUCAGGUGUACAGAGUGUCCGAAGAAGUAUUCUACAUCUUCGAUGCUGAUGCGUCAUCUCAAAAUGCACAACAAGGAAAUGCCUUUUCGGUGCACCUUCUGCACCAAGGCCUUCUCGCGGGAAGUAAGUCUUCAACAUCAUCUUCGCACUCACACGGGAGAGAAAUAUUUCGAGUGCCCUACGUGCCCUAAGAAGUUUUCUACGUCUUCUGAAAUAAAGGUUCAUAUGUGGACGCACAUUGGUUACAAACCUUUCGAGUGCACCGAGUGCCCAAAGAGUUUUUCUACAUCCUCACACCUCAAGAGCCACCUGUACACGCACACGGGGGACCUACCCUUCAAGUGUACCGAGUGUCCGAAAAAGUUUUCUUCAUCUUCGGGGCUAAAAACGCAUCUCAGCACUCACUCGGGCAAGAAUUCUUUCCACUGCACCGUGUGCCCUAAGAACUUCUCCACAUUUUCAAGGCUAAAGACGCACUUUUACACGCACACUGGAGUUAGGCCUUAUGACUGUACCUUGUGCCCAAAGGCGUUUUUUCGAGCAGAAAUCCUCAAAUUGCACCUUCGUAGCCACACUGGGGAGAAGCCUUUUUCGUGCUCUUUGUGCCAAAAGAAGUUUGCCGUUGAAAGCAGUCUAAAACAGCAUCUGCUUCGUAUUCACACUGAGGAGAAGCCGUUUGAGUGCACUUUGUGCCAUAAAAAAUUCACAUUUGAAAAUAAACUCCAGCAACAUCUUCGCACUCACACUGGGGAGAAACCUUUUGAGUGUUCUUUGUGCUUGAAAAUGUUUUCUAGCUCAUCUCAUUUGAAGAGACAUUUUAGCAUGCAUACCGGAGAAAUGCCUUUUGAGUGUAGGUUAUGUUCUAAGGCGUUCCCGCACUUUUCGUCUCUAGAGCAGCAUCUCUGGACUCACACUGAAAAAUCUUUUGCCUGCACUUUAUGCCCCAAGAAGUUUUCUCGAGUGGAUCGGCUGAGGAAGCAUCGUGUCUGCUCUCACGCUUGAGACAUUUUGAAGAAAUGGAAGUGAUACUUAAGUAUCUCUCUUUGUUAGAGUUCGUUUCAGCAACAUUUUCUGCUGCGUUGUUAUCUGUAUUAAUGAUUGGUGUUGUUAGAUGCAAACUGUUUUUAUUGAAGCUCGUUUCGCCAGCAUUUCCUGUAUCAUUUUUCUUAUGUUUUGUUUUGAUAUUAGUUAAUUGAUUGUCGUUGAAGCAUGCAAAUUGAUUUUGUAAUUUUAAACUCAUUAUUGUUACCUGUAGAAAGACCUCUGUUGCUAUAUUCUGUUCAGACGGGUCGUGAUUUAUGUUUUGUCUUUAUAAAAUUUAUAAUUCUGA